AUGGAAGGCAUGAACCCUAUUGCGGCCAUUGUACAACCAACCGCCUUGAAGCCCCCUGUCUUCGUGGGAUUGGCGAGCGCUCUAUGUGCACUUUCUGGCAGCCUUAUUGCACUCCGGCUUUGGACUAAUUUCAACCACCUUCGAAAGCUCUACAUUGAUGACUACUUAAGCGUGCUCGCGCUCCUGUUCCUGAUAUGGAAUUCUGUCACCUUCUCCUUGCUGUUUGAUGUUUUGAACUCGAACCCUGAUGAUAUAACAAUUGAGCACCUUACAAGGCUUGUUGCAGUUGGAAUCGCCUCGGGCAACAGUUCAAUUUACAGCGCAAAGUUGCCUCUGCUUUUCAUGCUCAUCCGAAUCUUUGGAAUCAAGGAUUGGUUGCGCUGGACCUGUAUAUUUCUCAUCGUCAUCGGGACUCUGGGCGGCGUGAUCACGCUGUUGUAUGCUGGCAUCUCCUGCAGUCCGGAUCUUCACGAACCAACCCCUCCAUUCUUGUUCUCAUGCGUUGGUGCCCUCACAGAGGCGACCAUUGCCCGUGGGUCUAUAUCGCUCGCCAUCGACGUCAUUGCAUUCAUCCUCCCGAUUCCAAUUAUCGUGAAUCUUAAGAUGCCACUUCGCAGAAAAAUUGGAGUGGCAUUUGUCUUUGCUACGGGCCUUCUCGCCAUCGCAGCUAGCGCAUUGGGGUUGUAUUUCCAGGAAGCGCAGUCCACGGAAUCGUCUACCAACUUUGCCAAUGCCUUGCUUGUCACUGUGAUUGAAAGCGCUGUAGUCCUCAUGGUCAGCUGUACGUCUGCCAUUCAUGUAUUCUGGACCAAGUAUGCAGGAUUCUUGCGCAGCCGCUUUGGACUGCUAAUCUCAUCAUAUACUAAGUCGAAGCUUUCGGAGUCCACAACUAAUCUGGGAGCAACCAGUACCUCAAACUCGGAUCACACAGAGGUCCGGGCACAUGAAUACGUUGAACUAGACGAGUUGGCUGACACGGGGAAACCACCGUACGAGCGUAAGGUGUUGAAGGACCAACAAUACGUGUAA